AUGCAAUAUGAAGAAUCAGAUUAUUAUUUAUUAUUGGGAUCGUCUAUUUUUAUUAAUAUAACAUUAAUAGCAAUAACAAUCUUUUUAUGGAAAGUCAUUUGGCUCUAAUAUCCAAUAUUUAUUGACGAAUUUUAAAUAAAAUCAUUAAGCGAUGCAUAUAACAUCAUUCAAAUAGCAAAUAUAAAUUUAAUAAUAAAUUAAUGUGGCUUUGAUGGAUUAACUUUACUACUAUUUGAGUAAAAAUUAUUCGUUGGUUUAAGCUAUUAUACAAUAGUAUAUUUUCUAAUAAUGGGAAUAUGUAAAAUAUCAUGGAACUAUUUAAAUGAUUAUUAAAAGCUAUUUGUAUAAUUGAAUAUAUUGCCAAAUUAGGAUUUCAUUAUUAGUUCAAUGCUGCUUUUGGUAAUUUUUGCAAUGUUGAUUUAAUUAAGAAAAGAGCUAUAAAUAAUUUAUAUUCAAAUGUUUACAACAGAUCAAUUCACAAAUUAUAGCAUAAGAACUUUGCAUAUAAGAGGAAUGGAUCAUGAAGAUUAUGAUGGAGUGAUGAUGAUGUUAGAAAUCUUAAAGUAUUUAGAUGAGGUAGGUGAUCCAGGAACAAUUAUGGGUAUUUCAAUCAUUCCAGAAUACUCUAAGCUCUUAGAAUUAGAGAAAUACAGAAGUUUAUUUAAAUACCAAUUGGGAAUUUUAGAAUUGUAGAAACCCCUAUUCUACCCUCUGCCUAAUAUAUCAAUUAUAGAAGAAUAAAUAGACCAAUAAUUAUAAAAACCAUUUAAAUUAUCAGGACAUUGCUUUAUAUGUGUUGAUAGAUUAUAAACACAAUUAAAAUUAUGCAAUUAAAAUACUUUAACUCAAUAUCAAAUAUAAUUAGCUCCUGAUUUAUUUGAUAUCAAUUGGGUUAAUAUAACUAUAGAAAGUAAUUAAAUCAGAAUUUGGAGGACAAUUAUUCUUAAUUUAUUAAUUAUGACUUUGCUUAUUUUUGUGACAUCUCCUUAAGCGUUAUAUUAGUAUUUAUCUAAAUUUCCUGGCUUAGAAUUUUUAUCUUUUAAAUGGACAAUUUUAAUCCCUGAUCCUUUUGGAAGAAUAAUUAAGAAUAACAUACCUCCUAUUAUAUUAAUAUCUAUAAACUAAAUCAUACUAUAUUUUUUAGAUGUCAUAAGUAUAAAUAUUUGUGUAUCUUUUUAGCUUAAGCAGAAAAACAUGAAAGAUGGUCAUAAUAUCACAUUUCCUUUUUCCAUAAAAUGUUUUUUUAUUUGAUUCUAAAUGUUUUAGUAAUUCCAGCCUUUUUAUUAUAAUCAUCAGAAACUUUGUUUAAUAUUACAUAUAAUGGAUUUAAUAUACAAUUACAGAAAGCAUUUGAUAAUUAAACUAAUUAUGGGGUAAAUUUUAAUAUUACAUUCUAGCUCUAUUAUAUAACAUUUUUAUUUUAUUCUGGAACUGGUGCAUUUUUGGUAGAAUUGAUUAGACCCUCAGAACUCUACUUCAAUUAUUUUAGUUCAUAUAUGGCAUAUUACAUGAGAUUAUACGAAAACGAUGCAUAACAUUAUUAGAAAUCAAAUGAAUUCUGUGUAUAGUAUGGUUACAUAUCAGCUCAAAUGCUUUUAAAUCUAACAAUCAUAUGCAUUUUUAACACAACCUCUCCAUUUGUUUUAAUUGCUGGAUUAUGGUUCUUUGGAUUUCGAUAUAUAGGAGAUUUUUUUAUGUUGAUGGUUUCCAAAUAAGAAAUGGUUAGCAAUGGAAAAUAUCUUUAUAGCUUAUUAUAAUUAAGUUGCUUUACUUUAGGACUUUGGUUAAUUGUCAAAGUCAUUGGUUGUUAUUUUUAAUCAAAUUAUUUGAUGAUGUAUUUAUUUGGAAUCGAACUUAUUGCAUGGGUAUUUAUAGGACAAAAUUUUUUAUAAUAAUUAAUUGACAUUAAUUAAAUACAAGACGAAGAUAUGA